AUGCCCCCGGGGUAUACCAUUGAGACUUGCUCGAGUCUGAUAAGGCGCAAUAGAGCCUCAGGCAAGCCUCAAGUCAAGGAAAACGUCACUUUCAUGGUUUCAGAUCCUGAGGCGGAUCUAAUGAGGGAUCCGUCACGCAGCUCGAUCGAAAUGUACCCCUCCACGAGUGAAGGCAAUGCGCUUAUGCCAGCUUCAGUAUCCGAAAAUGGAAAAUUUGGGGAAGGAGGAGGCGGAGGUGGAGGAGAGGGAAGUGGUGGAGGAAGAAGGGACCGCAAGAAGAAAGUGGGGAGACAGGAUGAGGAAAUAUACGAGGAAAUAGACGAAGACCUCGAGAUAGAGGGGGGGGAUGGGAGGAAAGGAGCAGGAAAAUGCUGGGGGCGAGGGUGGGCGAAUGAGGAAGAAGACUUUUACCAAGAGAAGAACUACGAGAACUAG